UCACUCACCAACCAAAAAUGAAAAAAUAAGUGAUCGUAUUACUCAUUAUCCUUGGCACCAAACACACCCUUAAUCAAGAACCAAUAAUAUCUUCAUUUCUGUUCACUUUCUUUCUUCUAUCUACCAAACAAAAAUCGUCUACUUUUUAGUACGGACAAUCUUCUAUAGUUGCUGAAAUCCAGCCAUAGGAAGGAGACAAAGGGAGGGAUGUGUACAUUAGAGAAGAGAGGCAACAUCUUCCUCCUAACCUUAACUGGAACCGAUGAGCACCGUUUACAUCCCAACCUUAUUGACUCCCUCGCCGCCGCUCUCCGCCGUCUCCGAUCUGAAUCAGCUUCUUCCUCUUCCGUUCUGAUUACCACAUCCCAAGGCAAAUUCUUCUCCAAUGGUUACGAUCUUAAGUGGGCCUUAGUCGACAAAGUUCGCCCACAACUCAUGUCUAAGAAACUCCGCGCUCUUGUCUACGACUUAAUCACCUUGCCUAUGCCCACAAUUGCUGCUGUCACUGGACACGCUUCUGCUGCCGGUUUGAUCUUCGCCCUUUCCCAUGACUACGUUCUUAUGCGUAAGGAUCGAGGGUUUCUUUAUAUGAGUGAGCUCGAUAUUGGGUAUAAGAUUCCGAUUUGGUUUUCGGCUUUGUUGAAGUGUAAAGUUGGGUCGCCGGCGGUUUGGCGUGAGGUGGUGUUGAAAUCGGCUAAGAUGACGGCUGAGAUGGGAGUUGAAAUGGGGAUCGUGGAUUCGGCUCACAGUGGAGCAGAGGAGACUAUGGAGGCAGCUGUGAGGUUAGGUGAAGAAUUGGUGAGCAGAAAUUGGGAUGGGAAAGUGUAUGCUGAUUGUAGGAAAACUUUGUAUGUCGAGCUACUAAAUUCGCUUGGUUCCGAUGAGACUGUGGGAGAUUAUGGCGAGGAGGAGAAGCCAAUCAAGACUCUGUCAAGGCUCUGACCGAUCAGGAGCGGAUUCAGAGUUUGAAAUUUGAGUUCUUAUAACGAUCUUAAGUUGAUACUAAAAUAAUAACUGAGUUCGCGCUCAGAUGUUUAUAUAUAUAUAUAUAUGGUGUUGACAAAAGCUAGUGAGUUCACGUGAACCCAUCCAUAGGCAACACACUAGAUGUGGCCAUGUGACCAAUACGUUUUCUGGCCAGUAUUUUAGUGAGACCAGUGCUAAAGUUAUUGUUAUUCAGCUUUUCAAUUUAUGUGGAGGAAGUAAUUAAUUGUUAAUUUCACCUUGGUGCAUUUUAGUUGAGAUAAUUUUGGCUUUGGGCUAGUUAUGUGAAGUUGGUAAUAUUUCCAAAAUAAGAGUACUUGUCCAACCAUGAAUAUUGGUCACUAAAGUUGUCACAUGAAUAAAACAAACAAUUGCUGGA